AUGUAUGUUUUAAUAGGCAUUGAAAGUGACUACAUCAAAAACAUUGAUGAACCAAGACAUUUUAAAGGAAAAAAAAAUGCACUUCUUCAGCAACGAGAACCACUCAUUCAACCACAAUCUAGCAACAACUUAAUAUUAUUAGAAAAUCCCCUACUACAUACAGACGACCUCACUCAGUCACAUCCUAGCGGCAACUUAGAGACGCCAGAAAAUCCGCCAUCUGUUAGAGAAAACAUGCAAAUAGACAAUGCUCAAGCGACAAUUACAACAAACAGCUCUCAAGAUGGACCGAAGCAAUUCGAUAUUAUUGAUGACAUGGUUUACAUCAAUGAAGAAGUAUCUUUCUCCAAAGAUGUGUGGGAUGCAUUGGAUUUAACUAUGAAACCUUCCAUUCUAGCUAGAAACACAGCAGUUGCUAUAUGGCGCGAUUUGUUACCAAGUAAAUGUUUAGACCUCAAAGCGAAACCGAGAUCAGUAGGUCAAGAACGAAGUCUUUGUUCGCCAAAAAAACUGGAAGCACUAUAUGAUGUUGUUGCCUAUCGAUUCAAAAAAUCUAAUAUUAAUAAGUCCAGAGCAUCUAUCAUAAAAAUUUGCAGACAGCACUUAUCAAGUAAAAUUACUGAUUUAAAUACAAAAAAAUUAAGUGCCACAGAAAUAAGAGAUUUACAACGCCGAGCUGCAGAUAAUGGUUACGUAUUAUUAAUUUAUUAA